AUCAAUGAACUCCAUAACAACUUGUUGUUGUAGAGUUCACUGAUUGGGAUGAGCACUUAUAAUGAUGGAUUAGGAUAAUCACUUAAGUAAAAUCACCAGAUAUCCUAAGUCGUCCCUGCUUAACAAUCAUUGUCAAUCAACGUUGAGUUGUAAAAACAUGAGCAUGUGGUCGCGCGAUGCGCAGUUUGUAAUUAAAAUGGCCGCUUUCUUUUGGCGGGAAUAAAGUAAAAAUGUGAUUAGUGAAUAUUUCUUCAUACUUGAGUUAUUUUGCGGAAGAUUCAUGAAGAUUAACAAGGAGGAUUUCCAUUACGCUGUUUAAAAGGUAGAUUUUGGUGUAGAGUUCAUAAUCAGUGGUUUAUUAAGAAGGGAAAUGCCUAUCCUCAUGGCUCAUAGUCCUUCGGCGAUGGAAAGCCCGCCACGAAAGAAAUUCAAAUUUUCGCUGAAGUUAAAAGCGAAGAGAAAAGAAAAAUGCCCCGAAAAUGAAAUUGAGAAUGUUAUUGAGAAAGAAAAUGAGAAUGAACUGAACAGUCCAUCGGAAAUUUCUGACAAGAAAGAGAUUUGUAAUCCGUCAACAACAUUGUCAACGAGCCAAACAAACGCGAUGAUGAAGGAUGCAGUGAACCCGCCAUUGCCAUAUUCAGGAUUGUCAAAUCUUGGGAAUACAUGCUAUAUGAAUGCCGUGCUGCAAGUCCUAAGAUACUGUCCACAGUUCUUAAAUUCCCUCAGAAAUCUAAAGAAAGCGUAUAUUGAGAAUUUUUCAAUGGAUUCGCUAAGACAGGAUGGUUGGGCUCCAGAAUCGCAUUCACCUGAUUUCUCGUUUUCUGGUAAACAUGGUAUAAUUACUAGCUUGGAUAAACUCACAAGUCAAAUGGAGUGUGCUGAAGAAAACUACAGAAAGUUUGGUGUGGAGGCAAAUAACGUUAGCAUUCGUUCUGGUUUAACUACUCUUGCUGUGAAACCUAAGGAAUUUGUCAAUGCCUUCAGCGGCUGUUGUCCAAUGUUCAGCGACUACCAACAGCAUGAUUCUCAAGAAUUUUUACGAUCUUUCCUUGCUGUGCUCGAAGAUGAAUGCAGCGGAUUGGUGGGUGGAAGCUAUGUACAAAAUGGUUCUUCUACUAACACGUUUUCAACAAUGUCCAAGGUUAAAGGGGGCUGCAAAUACCCAAGUACAAUCACCAGCAAAAUCGCUGAUACUGCAACAUCACCAAGGUCUUUGGAAUGUGAUGAGCAAAUGAAGAUGGACGAGGAUGCAGACUUUGGAGUUGGUUCGUCAGUUGAGUCAACUUUGAAUGUAGCUCAACCUCGAGUAAAGACUGACUCUGAGUGUGUCAAGACUACAUUUGAGGAUGUUAAUGUUGUGAAGAGAUUGUUUGAGGGAACAUUACUGCUACAGACUUGUUGCUUGAAUUGUGAAGAAGUCCAUCAACGUUAUGAACCAUUUCAGGACAUCAGUGUUCCUGUGAGAAAUACAAGAUCGGAGCCUAAAGAAAAUGAAGAAAAGAAUCUCUCCUCUUCUGAUGAGGAGAGUGAAGAAAGCCUCAAGCUUGCUUGGGCUAUCUCUAUGUUUGCUUCUGUUGAACGACUCAACGGAGAUAAUAAAUAUUUUUGUGAGAAAUGUGCAAGAUUGACUGAAGCAGAUAUAAGUACAUACUUUGAAAAACUUCCACAAGUCUUAACAAUUCACUUGAAGCGAUUCCAGACUUCUUAUGGCAAGGAAGGUCUGUUCUCCGGAAGCUGGGUUACCAAAGUUACUAAGAAUCUACACACACCUUGUAAAUUGUCCUUGAGAAAAUGGUGCAGUAAGACUUGUGCUGAAAGUGAUGAAAUUUAUACAUUGUUUGGAGUUGUCAUGCACAAUGGAAUGUCUUCGUGUAGUGGUCAUUAUCUCAGUUAUGUUAAUGUUGAUAUUUUGAACAAAUGUGCAAAUAGCUUUGCAUCUAAGAGUGGCUCGACUGAAGUGAAAGAAAGGGAUUCUCCGGCAAGUCCUUUUGUCUCUUCAAUAUUCAAGCGUAAAACAUUAACUGAAGGCUUAUCGGAUGAAGAUCGGGAUGGUAGUGUUAAAGAUGGUAAUAUGAGUAUUUCAUCGAGCACGGUCAUUGACUCGAAGAAAAAUGAACAGAUUUGUUCUCCUUCAUUGGAAAAUGAAAGCAUUGGGGAAAUGAAACGAAAUGAUGACAAAAACCACCAUGGGAUUAAUACAGAUUGCACUGAGCAACACAACAUUAGCAAGGACAUAAAUGAGACAAGGAAAUGCCAAGUUUCGCCUGAAUACAAAAUCAACCUGAGGUUUAGUGAAGAGGAAGAUUCUGAAGAGGAAGAGGACUUUCCUCGAAGUAUGGAUAUCACAAAGUUUUUCAAACCAUUACCACGAAAGAAAUCAUCAGAAAUGUCUCAUGAUGAAGAUGUUGGUAAAACUUUCAUCGAUAAAGGUGACAAAGUGAAACAAAACAAUGAUCGUGUAUUGCCUACGAUGAAUAAAGACAAUAAUAUUGACAUCAACAUUGGAAAAUGUUCAGCAUUUAGUGUGUUUAAGAAAAAGUAUGGUUCAAAAACUACACCAAGUAAGGAAGUAUUGACUCAUGAAACUGAUAACUUUCAAUGCUCCUUUGAGAGCAACACCAAAGCAAGAUCUUUAUUCACAUCCAAUGGCUACACUAAAGACAAUUCAAAAAGUAGCUCAACAUCAACUUGGUUAAAAUUUGAUGAUUCGGAAGUUACAGAAAUUACCGAUGAUGAAAUGAGUUGUAUAUUAUCAUCAUCUUCAUCAACGUUUUCAACACCGUACUUGCUGUUUUAUUAUCGCUCAUAG